ACUUGUCCCCUAACAUACUAACAGAUAAGAUGGCGUCCGAAAGCAGCCCUGAAUCUCAAGAAGAGAAAACAGCUCUUCUAGAGACGGACCCAGAGCAAGAUGCACAUCAGGGAUGUGACACAGUCGCAAAACAAAGCGAAUCCAAGCUGACCCUUUAUCACUGGACGCAGUCCUUCAACUCCCAGAAGGUGCGUCUGGCCGUAGCAGAGAAAGGUCUGCACUGUGAGGAGUACGACGUGAGCCUACCGCUCAGUGAACACAACGAGCCCUGGUUCAUGCAUCUGAAUCCCACCGGUGAGGUGCCAGUCCUGGUCCACAAUGAAAACAUCAUCUGUGACCCCACACAGAUUAUGGACUACCUGGAGCAGAGUUUCAAUGAUGAAGGCACACCCAAACUGAUCCCUGAAGAGGGCAGUACGUACUACCACAGAGUGCAGCACUACAGAGAGCUGCUGGACUCACUGCAGAUGGAUGCCUACACCCAUGGCUGCAUCCUUCACCCUGAGAUCACGGUGGACUCCCACAUACCAGCAUACGCUGCCACAUGUAUACGAACACAGAUCGGAAACACACAGUCAGAGCUGAAGAAGCUGGCAGAGCAGAACCCAGAGCUCAAAGAUGCUUACAUAGCAAAACAGAGGCGCUUGAAAUCCAAGUUGUUUGACCAUGACAACAUGAAGUACCUGAAGAAGCUUCUGGAUGAACUGGAGGGUGUGAUGGACCAGGUCGAAACAGAGCUUCAGAGGAGGGUGGAAGAAACACCAGAAGAAGGCAGUCAUCCCUGGCUAUGUGGUGAUUUCUUCAGCAUGGCCGACGUCUCUCUGGCAGUCACCUUACACCGCCUCAAGUUCAUCGGCCUCUCCCGCCGCUUCUGGGGCAACGGUAACCGCGUGAACCUGGAGACAUACUACGAGCGUGUGGUAGAGCGCCCAGCCUUUAGGAGAGUGCUGGGCCACGUCAACAACAUCCUGAUCUCGGCCGUCCUUCCUGUGGCGUUCCGCGUGGCCAGGAAGAACGCGCCGGUUAUUCUUGGCACCACUCUGCUGAUAGGCAUUUUAGGAGGAGCUACAUACCUUGCUUUUCUUUACAUGAAGAAGAGGCUGACUCUCUCCAUCUGAGGCAGCCGACGAGUGUUUGGGUCGCUUUGGGACUGAAUCGGAGGUAGAUAAACACAGAAAAAUAUGAGAAAAAUAUUAUUUGAAUUGUGUAAAGUUAAAGUAUAUAAAGGGAUUUGAUUAUUAAGCAGACAUUGACAACAUUUAAUUGAAAAAAACCUUAAUUGUCUUGUUUUUGUGUUGCUGGUUGCACAAAAUGCACUUUUAGUGUGACUGCUGCAUUACACACCAAAGGGUCAUACUGGUAGUUUUACAUGUUUUUGCCAUUUCUCACAAAUCACAUAUACAAAAUGUCUUGUGUGGCUUUUUUAGCUCUACAUAUAAGAGUCAACUUCCAAACAGCAUUGUAUUCACAAGCUAUGCUAUUGUCGCAGGUAUGAAUAAAUUACAUGUCAAAAGAUGAAAAGAAAAAUGCAGUUUGUUUUUACAAUCCAUAUAAUAGGGUAAUAUAGAACGUUAUCUAUCCCGAGGGAAUUUUUUUGUGCAGAAGUUGCAGUUCAGAGUGCACAUAUAAAUAUAUAUGAAUAUAAAAUAUAAAUAUAUACAUAAAAUAAAAUAAAAAUAUUUUUUAAAAAUAGCGCAUGAAUGUACCAUUCCUCUCUGACAAAAUUUUAAAAUACAUGUCCCAAAAAUUUGGACUUUUGACAGUGUGCCAUGCAGUUGUAGCAGAACUUUGUCACAAAUACUGUAUACAGUACAAGUACAUUCUCAUACUGUACUGUAAUUUGUCAGUACUAGUAUAAGGCAUACUUGAUUUAUGGUAAAUGGGCUAAAAUGUGCAAAACCCCAGCAUGGUCAGACAUCUUUAUGAGAACUUAAAUCACCCUAAAAUAUUUUGCUUAAUAUGUAUUUAUCAUUUAAUAUAUCAUUGUGGUCCGUAUUUGCAUCUGAUUCGACUGUUAUCAGGCCAUUAAAUAGGCGUUAUCAGUCGCUAUAAGCACCAGAGAUGUGGGUCAUUAGGGGCCUACUACGCCUACUAUGUUCUAAAAAAGCGAAACUUAAAAGCAACAAGU